GAAGAGAAAGAAAAAGGCGAAAGGUCUGUGCUUCCUAAUCAUUCAUCAAAACACAAACGAAAUCAGCGGCGUCUCAUUGUCUCGAUGCCACACCCAGCCAGUGCCUCGUUUUCAACAAACUUGUCUUCCAAAUAAACAUUUCCAUUAUAGACUAAUUUUAAAACUAGGCAAGGGGGUGCAAAUAAAUCACCACAGCUAGAAAGAGCAUACUAAAAUGAAUAAAAUUGCAAAGUUUGGUUGCGAAAUGUUGUAAAAUGCGGACAAUAUAGCCUUGCAGAGUUCGCAAAUUUUGUAUACUUUUGUAUUGCGUGCGGAAAUUGCUAUCACAUUUGGGCCGAAAGUGGUAGCAAUUUCCGCCCACAAUACAAAAGUAUACAAAACUUGCGAACUUUGCAAGGCUAUAUUGUCUGCAUUUUACAGCAUUUCGCAACCAAACUUUGCAAUUUUACUAAUUUUAGUAUGCUCUUUCUAUAAACUGUGGUGAUUUAUUUGCAUCUCCUUGCCUAGUUUUAAAAUUAGUCUAUAAAGGGGAAUUAUCUAUUAUUACUGUAACAUACUCUUUCUCUUAAAAAGUCGCGAUGAACGAAGAUGGAUGGAGAAGCAGAACAGAGCGAUGAGGCAGAAACGAAAAAAGGAGGAAACAACAAGACUACGAACUUUAGUAGGUAAGAUAGCGUGAUGUUUUCCGAGCUUGUUGAACUUGCAGUGCAAUUAUGCAAACACAGUCCUAAACAAUGUUUUCGUCAUGAUUUUUUUUUUCUGUGCUGGUGUUAUGUGAAUAUGAUGCUUGUGUUGUUACUCUGUAUAUCCACACCGGGCAAGCUUAUACACUCAGAGAACAUCACAAGCAUCAUAUUUACCUGAGUACAUAACACCAGCACAGAAAAAAAACAUGCAUGAUUACAAGAUUGCAUGAUAUCGAAGGAACUAGACUCAGUUCCGAAAUAUCACAUACUCGAACCGACCUGACCGCGUAGCUCAGUUGGCAGAGCAUUGGGCAUUCCAAAGGUCGUACGUUCGAUUCCCACCGUGGCCAGGCAUAUUUUUCAAGCCUGCCCGGUGUGGAUAUACACUCAGAGUAACAUCACAAACAUAAUGUUUUAGUCACUAUCGCGUUGUCAUCCAGAUUCUCUUUUUCCAGACAACUGCUACGCUUGUGAUCCUCGUUUAAAGAAAUUCCGUGAAGAAGAGAAGGAAAGAAAAGUCGCCGAGAGAAAAGCGAAGGAAGAAGCAGCGAGAUUGGCGGCUGAAGAGCAAGAAAAG